UUUGGAUUGAGGUGGAGAGCAACGGUAUUCACUUGUUCGCUCUCUUCAAGCCGGUGGGGAGGACUCGAGUCUUCAAUUUGCGGAAAUCGUGUAAGGUUCGAGGAUGAAGAUUGCUGUGAUUGGUCAGAGCCUCUUUGGCCAGGAGGUAUACAAGGAGCUAAGGAAGGAAGGCCACACCAUCGUCGGAGUCUUCACUAUACCUGAUAAGGAUGGCAAGGCAGACCCAUUGGCUGCCGAGGCUGAGAAGGACGGUAUGCCUGUCUUUAAGUUCCCCCGCUGGCGUGUGAAGGGCCAGGCUAUCCCAGAAGUGGUAGCCCAGUACAGAGCCACCGGCGCCGAGCUCAACGUCUUGCCCUUCUGCUCCCAGUUUAUCCCCAUGGAGGUCAUUGACCACCCCAAACAUGGGUCCAUCAUCUACCACCCGUCCCUGUUACCACGGCACAGGGGCGCCUCCGCCAUCAAUUGGACUUUGAUCCAUGGUGACAAAAAAGGCGGGUUCACAGUGUUUUGGGCUGAUGAUGGAUUGGACACCGGACCAAUCCUGCUGCAGAGGGAGUGUGAUGUGGAACCUGACGACACUGUCAACACCAUCUAUAAGAGAUUCCUCUUCCCAGAGGGAGUCAAAGGCACUGUAGAAGCAGUGAGGCAGAUUGCAGCGGGGAAGGCCCCAAGGAUCAUCCAGCCAGAGGAAGGAGCGACAUACGAGUGUAUCCAAAAGAAAGACAAUGCCAAGAUUGACUGGAAUAAGUCUGCUGAGGCCAUUCACAAUUGGAUCAGAGGGAAUGACAAAGUACCUGGUGCCUGGGCAGAGGUUGAUGGGCAGAGAGUGACAUUUUAUGGCUCCACUCUGGUUGACAAUGGCACCACAGUUAAUGGUCAGCCCUUAGAGAUCCCAGGUGCCAGCCGCCCUGGUGUGGUCACCAAGGCAGGCCUGGUGCUCUUUGGCAAUGAUGACAAGACGUUGUUGGUGAAGAACCUGCAGUUUGAGGACGGAAAGAUGAUCGCUGCAGCGCAGUACUUUCACUCCGGGAGCAGCGCUGCACUGGAGCUGACAGAGGAGGAGAAGGCCUUUGCUGAACAGAUGAGAGCAGUGUGGCAGAGCAUUCUGUCUAACGUUGCUCAGAUCGAGGACUCCACUGACUUUUUCAAGUCUGGUGCAGCUUCCAUGGAUGUGGUCAGGCUCGUGGAGGAGGUUAAACUGCGGGCUAGUAGCUGCCAGCUACAGAAUGAGGAAGUGUACAUGAACACCAGCUUUCAAGAUUUCAUCCAGAUGUGUGUCAGAAAGCUCCGCGGUGAGGACGGGGAGGAGGAGCUUGUUGUCAAUUAUGUGGAGAAGAACAUUAACAACAUGACCAUCAAGAUGCCCCACCAGCUGUUCAUCAAUGGAGAGUUUGUGGAUGCAGAGGGAGGGAAGACCUACAAGACCAUCAACCCUACAGAUGGCACGGCUAUCUGUGAUGUGUCCCUGGCCCAGAUUAGUGAUGUGGACAAGGCCGUGUCAGCUGCUAAAGAGGCCUUUGAGGAGGGAGAGUGGGGCAAAAUGAACCCAAGAGACAGGGGCAGACUCAUCUACAAGCUGGCUGACCUAAUGGAGGAGCACCAGGAAGAGCUUGCUACAAUUGAAGCCAUUGACUCUGGGGCUGUGUACACCCUGGCUCUCAAGACCCACGUAGGCAUGUCCAUCCAAACCUUCCGCUACUUUGCUGGCUGGUGUGACAAGAUCCAGGGCUGCACCAUCCCCAUCAACCAGGCCAGGCCCAAUCGUAACCUCACCUUCACCAAGAAGGAACCAAUAGGUGUGUGUGCCAUUGUGAUUCCCUGGAACUACCCGCUGAUGAUGCUGGCCUGGAAGACUGCAGCCUGCCUGGCAGCUGGAAACACAGUGGUGCUUAAACCUGCCCAGGUAACUCCACUGACAGCUGUAAAGUUUGCCGAGUUAGCGGCAAGAGCGGGAUUCCCCAAGGGUGUGAUUAAUAUUCUACCUGGAUCGGGCGCUCUGGUGGGCCAGCGUCUGUCUGACCACCCCGAUGUGCGAAAGUUGGGUUUCACUGGCUCCACUGAGAUCGGUAAACACAUCAUGAAGAGCUGUGCAGUCAGUAAUGUAAAGAAGGUUUCUCUGGAGCUCGGGGGAAAAUCCCCCCUCAUCAUCUUCAGCGACUGUGACAUGGACAAGGCUGUGCGCAUGGGCAUGAGCUCGGUGUUCUUCAACAAGGGGGAAAACUGCAUUGCAGCUGGCAGACUAUUUGUGGAAGACUCAAUUCACAACCAGUUUGUGAAGAAAGUGAUUGAAGAGGUGAAGAAGAUAAAGAUCGGUGACCCACUUGACCGCUCCACGGACCAUGGCCCUCAGAACCACAAGGCCCAUUUGGACAAGCUUGUAGAGUACUGUCAGACGGGAGAAAAAGAAGGUGCCACCCUGGUGUGUGGCGGCAAACAGGUUAACCGUCCCGGCUUCUUCUUUGAACCCACAAUCUUCACUGAUGUACAAGACCACAUGUUCAUUGCAAAGGAGGAGUCGUUUGGUCCCGUCAUGAUCAUCUCCAAAUUCAAGGAUGGAGAGGUGGAUGACGUCCUAAGAAGAGCCAAUGCCACAGAGUAUGGUCUGGCAUCAGGCGUCUUCACACGUGACAUCAGCAAAGCGUUGUAUGUCAGUGAGAGGCUCAAUGCCGGCACGGUCUUUGUCAACACCUAUAAUAAGACCGAUGUGGCCGCACCCUUCGGAGGCUUCAAGCAGUCUGGCUUUGGCAAAGACCUGGGGCAAGAAGCGCUCAACGAAUACCUGAAGACUAAGGCGGUAACGAUUGAAUAUUGAGUGCCAUCUUCGGUACCUGAAGGUUAUGGCAGUGAUCAGCCUUACUAAAAAGAGACUCAGAGGAGAGAUGUUGAGAGAAAGGCUGGCUCAUAUGAACAGUUUUGUCAUUUUAUUGAUAUGCGUUCAGAGAGUUGAAAUACUCAUACGCAUUUCUCGUACUAGGUCAUGCCAUUAGAGUUUGACCCCCUCUCCCAACUUGUGACUUCUGACGGUAAUUGUGUGCAUUGAUAACGUUUGUAAAUCACAUAAGUUUACUUUGUCAAAUUCUCAUGAAUGUAGAAGCAAUAUUGCACUUUUGUGCAGCAUUACAGUUGGAUGAUGUAAAAUCCUGGGCUACGGUUGCACACAUUGCUUGGUAUUCACAGGGACUGACUUCUUAGGAGGUUAAAUUGUUUCGUUAUCAAUAUUAUUGACUUUCAAGACAAGGAAAUAGAAAAACCGCGUUAAUUUUCUAACAUGGCUUACAUAUACUUACUUAUGAAAUGUAACAUUUCUGUUUUCUUUUUUUUUUUAACCGUAUUUGGCAAUGUCACAAUGUCAAAAUGAAAUAGGUAGAAAAUAGUUAUUAAAUGACACUGGAAUCUAA